UUUAGUGUACGUUUAAUGGACGUUCACGCUUAUACGUCCAUCGGACGUACACUGAACGGAAACACACAGUACACAAUUGCACGUCUUGUAGAAUUGCCUUGUUGUAUUAUUUGUGUAUAUAAACAACUGAAAUACAAGAGUAAUAUUAAGAGAGUUCCUUCAUUGGUCCUUACAGACAGUUUUUCCUCAGGCAAAGAAACGGGGAUACCGAAUUUCGGACGUCCCGAAAGUGACCUGACCGACGAAAGAAUAGCACAUAUCCUAAACGAGGCGUCGCACAUCCAAAUGAAAACGCCGUGCGAGGACAGCCACAGCAACGAGGACUCGAAAUCGCCGCACGGGCAGUGUUCCAGUCCGUUCUCGCGCGAACUGCAGAAGCAGAAGCUGAAGAAGUACGAAAACGACGAUAUUCCGCAGGAGAAGGUGGUGAAGAUCUACCAGGAGGAGCUAGCGAAGCUGAUGGGAAAACGGAUCGAGGACUUUCGACGGGACCCGUUUCCUGGUAUGUUUUUUCCGCACCUGUUUAGCGGGGCUUCCAUGGAUCGGACGCAGGAGGAGAUCCGCAUGGCGCUCGACGCUUACCAUCGGGAGCUGGCGAAACUGAACCAGUGCCAGAACCCGGCCCAGAUGACAAACUUGGGUCUUCUGGCCUUGCAGCAGCAGGCCCUCGUGCAUCAUCACAACCCUUCCGUAAACGGUGGCGCACAAGACUUAUCUCUUCCAAAAGACAAACCAAAGAUGGUCAACGGUAUCGAAGACAAAGAAAAAGACUGUGACGAUAGUGUAAAACAUUCGGGUAGUGCGUUUAGUUUAGUUCGACCGAAAAUUGAACCGGGAACGCAAUCGCAAACGACGAGCUCGACCGCUUCUAGUCCCCUAAGUAACAGUAUUUUACCUCCGGCAAUGACCCCAACGGACGAUUUUGCAACGUCGGCAGCUGCAAGUCCCCUGCAACGAAUGGCUUCCAUAACAAACUCCCUCAUAUCGCAACCUCCGAGUCACCAACACCACCCUACGAGUCAGCGACCACUAAAAGCAGUUCUUCCCCCGAUCACCCAGCAACAGUUCGACAUGUACAACAACCUGAACACGGAGGACAUCGUCAAAAAGGUCAAGGAACAACUGAGCCAAUACUCCAUAAGCCAGCGGCUUUUCGGCGAAAACGUGCUCGGAUUGUCGCAAGGGUCCGUCAGCGAUCUUUUGGCGCGACCGAAACCGUGGCACAUGCUCACACAGAAAGGACGCGAGCCCUUCAUCCGCAUGAAGAUGUUCCUGGAGGACGACAACGCCGUGCACAAGCUAGUGGCGAGCCAGUACAAAAUCGCCCCCGAGAAACUGAUGCGAACCGGCGGCUACGGAGGCACACCGUGCGGCACGCCUCUGGGCAAGCCGAUGCCGCCGACGCAAAAGAUGCUGAGCGAAGCGGCCGGUUUCCUGAACAAAAUGCAAGAGAACCAGAACCUCCUACCGCCGUCCCUCCAGAUGGUUUCGCCCCAAAGCCAAAUGCCGCCAGGUCACGGGCAACCCAUGCUGUUAACACCUCCGGGAAUACCUCCGCAGCACACCAUCAGCCUGCAACAGUCCGAUCACCACAUGAAGAAGUCGAGCCCGCAUGGCAUUCCACACUCGCCGCUAUCCCAGCACCAGAAUAAUCUGCGCAACUUAAACCCGCACAUAUCACCGAGCGUCUACGAGAUGGCGGCGCUAACGCAAGACCUGGACACGCAGGUGAUUACCACCAAGAUCAAGGAGGCGCUUUUGGCCAACAACAUCGGACAAAAGAUCUUCGGCGAGGCGGUCUUGGGGCUGUCGCAAGGAUCGGUGAGUGAGCUUCUUUCCAAGCCGAAGCCUUGGCAUAUGCUGAGCAUUAAAGGUCGGGAGCCGUUCAUUCGCAUGCAACUGUGGCUGAACGACACGCACAACAUCGAGAGGCUGCAGCUGCUGAAGAACGAGCGUCGCGAGGCGAACAAGCGACGGCGGUCCACCGGGGCCGGCGCUCACGACAACAGUUCGGACACGUCCUCCAACGACACCUCCGAAUUUUACCAUUCCAAUUCUCCUGGCCCCGGUCCACCAUCCGCGAAGAAGCAGCGCGUUCUCUUCUCCGAGGAGCAGAAGGAGGCGCUACGAUUGGCGUUCGCGCUCGAUCCCUACCCGAACGUUGCCACAAUCGAGUUCCUGGCGACCGAGUUGGGACUUUCAAGCAGGACCAUAACGAACUGGUUCCACAAUCAUCGGAUGCGCUUGAAACAGCAGGCGCCGCACGGAAUGCCGACCGAUGUUCCGCCCCGAGACCAAAGCGGCAAUCAGGCGCCGUUCGAUCCUGUCCAGUUUAGGCUGUUAUUAAACCAAAGACUACUAGAGUUAUCAAAGGAACGGAUGGGCCUCAGCGGAAUACCCCUCCCCUACCCGCCCUACCUCUCGACCAAUCCGAACCUGGCCGCGCUCAUCGGCCGAGGCCUGCUGCCCUCGGGCGACAUGGACCUCUCCAUGCUCGGCAGCGUCGUCAAGGAGCAGAUGAGCGGGCUCGACCUGUCGAUGACCUCCCUGAAGCGCGAGCCGGACGACUUCGAGGACGACGUCGAGAGCAACGUCGGAUCGGAGGACUCGAACAUGUCGGGCAGCCUGCACGGCGGCGACGUCAAGCACGAGCCCAAGGAGACGCCUCUGGCGCAGAUCGCGCGAUCGUCCAGGCGGAAACCGGCGGCGCCCCAGUGGGUCAACCCCGAGUGGCAGGACGAGAAGGAGAAGCAGUCGUCGGCGGGCAACGAGGUCAUCAUAAACGGCGUGUGCGUAAUGCAGACGGAGGACUACGGCCGAAGGAGCUCGGAGGAGACGGUGCGCGUCGAACCCACCCCCGUUAUGGAUAGGUUCGAGGACGACCAAAGUGACACCUCCUCGGUCAAUAACGACAAUGAUAAUGACGCGCGCGUCGAACACUGUGAGAAAGACAACGAGGAGGAUAAUAAAAAUAGUGAGUUCGAUAACGUGCACGACGAUAGUGACAAACCGAUUAAACACGAAAACGAAGACGAACGGUGGGAUUAUUGAAAAAAAAGGUAAAUCGAAUUAGUCCGGUCCUGGUAAUGAACAGUUUUUCUAUCGGGAAUGCAUGUGGUUGUUUCCAGUUGUUGUAUAACAAAAAUUAAAAAGUGCAAUCAGAACGUAAAAAUUACCCCAAGUUAUUUAUUGUGAUUUAAAUAGUAUAUUAUUCAGUUUUUUGUUAAUAUUAAGGUUUUGACCGUUUUUAUUCUUUUUUUUUCCUAUUUAUGUAGUUAUAUAUAAGACUGUUACCAUAUUAUAAAAAAAGAAGUACUAUUAGCCACUUAUAAUCAAAAAAAUGGCUACUUGCAAAGCAAAAUGUUUGAAACAAUGUGAUACUGCUUAUUAUUCUAUCGUUUUAUCCAAUUACGUGCUUUCCAAAUAAAAAAGGCCAAAUUGCAAUUAGUUUUUAAGAUCUAUUUCUCUGUCGUCGAUUAUUUCUGAUAUUUAUGAAUAUAUUUAGGUGUUUUAUUAGCGUUUUUAGUUUUUUUGUACAUAAACGGGUUAAGAAAUCCGCUAGGAUAAAAGUUAGUUUUUAAAGUUAUUAGACCAGCAGGAUUACCAUUUAUUGUUAUAUAUUGCCAUUAAAAAAAUGAAUAUUUUUGUUAUAUUAAUCAGUUUUUUUUCUUCUAGUCUUCAAAAGAUGGGCAUAAUUUACUUUCUUAGCCGCUGUGGCCAGUAAGUCACACGAAAUGUAAUUUUUGAUCUGUGUUCUUAGUAGAUCUCAUCGAUUCGUAUUAGGUAACAAUUCAUUUCUCAGAUUGAAACGUAUUAGAUAUUAAAAUAUACAAAGCAUAUCGAUAGGCGUAUGAACAAAUUUUGUAAAAUUACUAAUCCACCCAUACCAAAAGAUUUGUUUUUUUUUAUAUAAUGUACGGUAGCACAAAUCAUCCAAAAAAAGAAUCUUUAAUAUAGUGCAAUAUUUUAACAUUACAACUUUAUAAUUCGUAUAUUUUUGGCAAUAUGUGAAAAGUAUGAAAUUAAUGUAAUUCUUCCAUUUGCGUCAUAUUCAAUGUACACACAUUGCAAUAUAAAAAACAUGAUACGUAAACUCUUACUGUGGGAGUUAUUAGAAAAUAUGUAUAGAUGCACAUUUUUAAAAAUUACAUGUAGCAUUACUUAGUCAGGUUUUAUUUGUUGUAGACAAAAGUGUUUAUAUUCUUUUAAAAAUGGAGUAAAGCGAACUUUCGAAACGCGAGCAUUGUCACUUUCGAAAGCUCGCUUUACGGUUAUUAUUGUAUAGUUUUAUAAAAUAGUGUCGGAAUAUUUUACUUAGAUCAUAGAUCUGAUCAUUUCACAGUUGUAAAUAUUUAUAAUCAUAUCAUUAUCUCCUUUUAAAGUUUCUAAAUUAAAUAUUCUCUGUAUUUAAAAUAUAAUGUGUCCCAUUUAA